GACUGCAAAUCUACGCAAUAUGAACGACCGAUCUCAUUCUUCCGAUUCUUGUCGAGAAGGUGACGAAGAUGGGAUGGACAUACCACCAUGGUUAAGUUUGCUAGUUCUGUUUUCUGUAAGUUCGUCACUUUUCGUCGCGUUGGCUUUAAAUUCUAAUCCGUACCUAACAAGUGCAAGCGGCUAUGCGGACGGAGGGGAUAUGUACUCACAUCAGCUGGAAGUCCUCUACUUAAAAGAGCUCCUUCAAAAUGGCACAACAGAUCUUUGGUUUGAUGAAGUUACACUGGGCUACCCAUUUUUCCUCGCUUAUCAUCCGUUUCCAUGUUUAUUUACUUCAGGUCUGAUGAUCUUAACAGAACCGUUUCUCAGUCCUCUCUUGCUGUUCCGAUGGAUGUUUGUAAUUCUUCUAUCGACCAUGCCCUGGUCAUGGUUUGCUGGCCUGCGCAAGCUGGGAAUGACACGACUGGAGGCAACUUUGGCUGCGCUCUGUGUGCAUUCUAUUCACAGUUGGCGGAAGUUUGGACUGGAGCUCGACGCAUUUCAGGAGUAUGGAAUUUUCACACAGGCUUAUGGAAUGGCAAUAUUUCCUCUGGCAGGUGACCUCAUACUUAGAUUUCCGAAACUCUCCAGUUUCAAGCCAAAAGUCAAGAUAAAACCAGUGAAAAAACGCCGGCAUAUGCGAGGGUUGUCCAAUACAUCCAAUUAGAGUCAAUUCGUCUCUGGUUUUGACGAUUCGACUUACCGGAAGUCGAUUCGUGAAGCCUCUUUGAUGGAAUCGACACUAAUCGUCUCCCUUGUUGUCGUCCCGUCAUACCGGAAGUCGAUUUGCGCGAGACUUACAAAAUAUAGCGCAACUGGGCUUUGAGGGUGGGUUGAAAAUGUUGUCGAUUCGACAAUUUGACUAAUCUGGUUUACCACUGUCUUUCUUAUAAUAUCGUCAAUAUAUCGUCUUACAAAGGAUUUGCUCAGUUUCACACACACAUAAACUACUAGGCGACGAAACAGAAAUCCAUCGCCACUCGAAUAGUGGCGUUGGACUUUGGAAUUUGCUUUUUUGAUUUUUGCCGCUGCGAACGGUAAAAUAAUGGUUGGAUAUCAAGGUUGUACAGCCUUGUAAUCCAGAGUCCCAACAUAUUACGUUGAUUAGCCCGCACUUGGGUCCCUGUGUUGUUUUCUAUUUAGUAUAAAUGUACUAGAGUUCUAUCACGAAUGCCGUUCUUUGAUUAGCUAUGCUACCCACCAUCUGUUUAAUCCAUUGACUCCCGUGCCGCCCGUAACCGCCUGUGACGACCCUGGCCUUUGUUCCACUUCUGAUGUCAUCAGCU